AUGGCUGUGACAUGCAUGUAUCAGCUGGGAACAUUCAUCAGCCAUGCGGAUAAAGAGUUUUACAAUUCAGCCAAACCUCGAGUUCUUGGACUCUGCACUGGAGCAUUCUCAGCAGCCGCAGUCAGUUGCAGUCACAGCACGGUGGACCUCGUUCCACUUGGUGUUGAGGCUGUUAUUGCGGCAUUCCGAACAGGAAUGAUCGUGACAGAUGCCGCGAAGAGAAUUGCACCAUGGAGUGAUGACAGCCAGAGCUGGUCAAUAAUUGUUCCUGGAACGGCGUCAGUAGAAGCUGUUGAGAAGUUUGGCGCAGAUAUUAUCCUGCCACUGAAGCCAUACGUCAGUGCAUAUGCACCGAACGGCAUUACUAUCAGCGGGACUCCUGAAUCUCUCAAGAGUCUUACUCAAUCCGAAGCCUUCAGCAACUUCAAACACGCGAUUAUCUCAAUUUAUGCACCUUAUCAUGCAUCCCAUUUGUAUUCGGAAAUGGAUAUCAGCCAUAUCGUUGACGGACUAGCUACUGAAAACCCAAAACAAAUCGUGUCUCUCUUUUCCGGUACGGGAAGCAGCAUCGAAAAAGGUGAUUUUGCUACUGUUCUAGAGUCUGCGGUCAGACAGGUUAUUUUGGAACCAAUAAGGUGGGCUGCAGUUUUGGAUGAAGUGCAGACAUGGAUCAAGAAUGUCAAUCCUACCUCCUUUCAUGCUGUUCCCAUCGGCACAACCGCUCAUCAAAUGAUAUAUACCACACUUAAUCAAACACCGUUACGAACGUUGAUACGUCCGAAACCGACUCAGACUCAACCUAUCAAUGUGAACUCACAGAAUGCGUCUCCAAAUCCGCAAAGACCAAAUCUCGCAAUCAUCAGCAUGUCAGGGAGGUUUCCUAAUGCUAAAAACAACGAUGCAUUCUGGGAUCUUCUCUACCAGGGCUUGGAUGUCCACAAGGAAGUUCCGGCCUUACGAUGGGAUGUAAAGACACAUGUUGAUCCGACCGGAACCAAGAAGAACACAAGUGCAACUCCGUUCGGUUGCUGGCUCGAAGAUCCGGGAGAGUUCGACGCUCGCUUCUUCAACAUUUCACCCCGCGAGGCACCACAAAUCGAUCCCGCGCAACGACUCGCCCUGAUGACUGCAUAUGAGGCGAUAGAGCAAGCAGGAUUGGUUCCAGAUGCAACCCCUUCAACUCGACGUGAUCGUGUCGGUGUAUUCUACGGAAUCACAAGCAACGACUGGCUAGAAACUAAUAGUGCUCAAGAUAUUGACACAUACUUUAUUCCAGGUGGAAACCGUGCAUUCGUCCCUGGCCGAAUCAAUUAUGUUUUUAAGUUCAGUGGUCCAAGCUAUGCAGUUGAUACAGCCUGUUCGUCUAGUCUUGCUGCUAUUCAUAAUGCCUGUAAUGCUCUGUGGCAGGGAGAUAUCGACACAGCCAUCGCGGGUGGAACGAAUGUUCUUACAAACCCAGAUUGUACCACCGGCUUGGACAGAGGGCAUUUCCUCUCACAUACCGGAAACUGUAAAACGUUUGAUGAUGGUGCGGAUGGAUACUGCCGUGGUGAGGGGAUUGGAACUAUUAUUAUUAAACGCCUGGAUGACGCGAUCAAUGAUAAUGAUCCUAUCCUGGGUCUUAUUCGUGGUGUGUAUACAAAUCACUCGGCUGAGUCAGAGUCCAUCACCAGACCGCACAUAGGUGCGCAGCGGAUGAUCUUCAAGAAGAUUCUCAACCAGGCUGCUGUCGACCCUUAUUCCGUGGGUUAUAUUGAAAUGCAUGGAACCGGGACUCAGGCAGGAGACGCUACUGAGAUGUCCAGUGUCUUGAAUACUUUCGCGCCACCUCUGAACGAAGUCAAAAGAGGUCGGACUGACGAAGAGGCUGUUUACUUGGGAUCGGUGAAGGCGAAUAUAGGACAUGGAGAAGCGGCCUCGGGUGUGUCGAGUGUCAUCAAGGUGUUGAUGAUGAUGCAAAAGAAUAUUAUCGUCCCGCAUUGUGGUAUCAAAACCAAAAUCAAUCAUAAGUUCCCAACAGAUCUAGGGGAAAGAAAUGUGAAGAUUGCCUUCAAACCGACAGCUUGGAAGAGAAGCUCCGAUCCAUUGAAACCUCGACGAGUAUUUAUAAAUAAUUUCAGUGCUGCUGGUGGAAAUACGGCUCUGUUGUUGGAAGAUGCACCACUUACGCCUGAUGUUUCAGCUAAUGCACCUGCCGAUACUCGCACAAAACAUCUCAUUGCUGUUUCUGCUAAGAACGCCGUUUCUCUGCAAGGCAACAUAAAGUCGCUGUUGGCCUAUUUAAAACAGGAUCCAGAUGUCUCCCUCGGCCAGCUGUCAUAUACUACCACAGCAAGGCGGAUGCAUCACCAGCACCGUGUCAUGCUCACUGGCACAACCGUCGAAGAAAUAUGCAGCCAAGGCGAGACAGCCCUAAGGGAUCAAAUAGGAAUGACCAGACCCAAAAGCGCGCAAAAAGUUGUCUUUACCUUUACCGGUCAAGGGGCCCAGUAUCCCGGAAUGGGUAAAGCUCUUUAUGAUAGCUUCUCCAUUUUCCGCACCGAACUCCAUCGCCUGGACUACAUCGCAAAGGGUCUCGGUUUCGUGUCCUUCCUUCCAGUUAUUCUGUCUGAAGAUCAGGAUGUUGGACUAUUCACCCCGACUGCUGUACAGCUAGCGAGCGUCUGUAUGCAGAUUGCUCUCAGCAAACUAUGGGCAUCGUGGAAUGUCUACCCGGUUGCCGUAGUCGGACACAGUUUGGGCGAAUAUGCAGCGUUGAAUAUAGCUGGUGUCUUGUCUGACAUAGACACUAUCUAUCUGGUUGGAUGCCGUGCUGAUCUUCUAGAAAAGAAAUGCACUAAGGAUACACACGCCAUGCUCGUGGUCAGGAGCUCUGUUGAUGAAAUUUCUAAGAUUCUUGACGGCAAAGAAUUCGAGAUCGCCUGCAUCAAUUCCCCUACUGAAACUGUCUUAGCCGGGCCAAAUGAAGCCAUCGACGUACUAAAAGAGAUACUCUCAAAUGCUGGGCUCAAAACGACAUCUUUGAAAGUACCCUACGCUUUCCACUCCUCGCAGGUGGAGCCAAUACUCGAAGACUUCAAAAAAUUGUCCGCCAGAGUGACCUUUGCCGAAACCAAGCUUCCUGUAAUCUGCCCCUUGGAUGGCAGCAUCGUUCAUGGAACCCAUGAAUUUGGCGCAGGGUAUCUUGUGCGUCACUCUCGUGAGCCCGUGAACAUGUUCAAAGCUCUCCUUGCAGCAAAUCGCGAGAACAUUCUUGCUACAGAAACCGCAACACUGGAAAUCGGUCCUCAUCCUGCCAUAUCAGGUAUGGUGAAGGCCGUCCUUGGUCCUCAAAUGACAUGCUUGACAUCUCAUCAGCGUGGCCGACCUAUAUGGAACGUUCUAUCAUCGUCUUUGAAGACGCUGUACGAUGCUGAUGUGGACAUUCACUGGCUCAAAUACCACGCCGACUUCAAAGCCUCGCACAAGGUUCUCCAAUUACCAGCUUAUAGCUGGGAUGUUAAGGAGUACUGGAUCCAGUACGUCAAUGAUUGGUCAUUACGCAAGGGCGAUCCUCCAUUGGUCAUUGAUUGUAGACCAAAACUCGAAAGUACCACCAUCCAUCGCGUGGUUGAGGAGUCUGGCGAUUCACAGAGAAAACAUAUGAUCGUGGAAGCCAACAUUGCACGUGAGGAUCUCGCUCCGCUUGUCCAAGGCCAUGAGGUUGAUGGUAUUCCACUUUGUACUCCGUCUGUUUACGCAGAUAUUGCGUUAACUCUGGGCGAGUAUCUCAUUGCGAGCAGUCGUCCAGAUAAGAAGAAUGAAUUGCUGGUCGAUUUGUCUGAUAUGACGAUUUCCAAAGCCCUGAUUUUACGUGCCGGUGCGACGAAGCAAUUACUCCAGGCUCAUGCCGAUGUCGACUGGUCAACUAACUCUGCCGUUCUCAAGUUCAUGAUUUUCGACAACAAAGAAAAGUUGCAAGAGCAUUCCCGCUGCACACUCCGUUUCAAGGAUCGAUCCCUCCAAGCGACCCUCCAAGCAAACGCAUCAAACACAAAACAAAAAAUGCAAGCCCUCCGUGAAGGCGUCGCCGCGGGGACCGCAGCUCGCUACAACCGCGCAAUGGCCUACCGCGCAAUCAGACCAUUAGCGCGAUUCCACGACGACUACAAGGGCGUCGACGAAGUUAUCCUCGACAGCAACACACUCGAAGUAACGAGCCAUCUCAGUUUUGGUGACAUUACACGUAGUGGAGACUUCCAUACUCAUCCCGCAAUCAUUGAUUCACUCACACAGUCCUGUGGCUUUGCGAUGAAUUGCAAUGAUAAGACGGAUUUGGAUGUAGAUGUUUUUAUGAACCAUGGCUGGGGCUCAUUCCAGUUGUUUGAAGCAAUCAAACCGGAUGGGACGUAUACGACUUACUCGCAUAUGGAGAAGGGGGCAGAUGGGUUGUGGCACGGUGAUGUGGUGCUAUUUGAUGGUGAUCGCGUUGUCGGCUUUUUCGGGCAGAUUGCAAUUCAAGGCGUUCCUCGUCGUGUUCUCAAGGUGAUUCUGUCUAUCGAAAGUGGGAGCAAAUCAAAGAAACAAACUACACCCAUUUCCGCCGCACCUACGUCGAAUGCGAAAGCCCUUCCCGCCGCGCCUACAUUGCAAACUAGAUCCCUUCAUCCUCUUAGUGUCGCUACAACAUCUGGAUCGGGUGAACUUUCAAAAGCACUAGCUAUCAUCGCGGACGAGAGUGGACUUGCUAUUACCGACUUAACAGACGACACUGCCUUUGCAGAUGUGGGCAUUGACUCUCUACUAGGACUUACCAUCACUGCUCGAUUCAAAGAAGAACUCGAUAUGGAAGUCGACUUUGACGUUCUCUUUAACGAGUAUCGUACAAUCGGCGAUCUCAAGCGUGCCUUAGGAGGAGGGGAUGUCUCAAGUACAGCGAGUAAUUCUACGCCGACAUCUGAAUCUGCAGGAACCGCAACACCCACGAGUGACUCUUCGGUCGCCACGCCGGGAUUUGAUUUCAGCCAAGCUCUCAAUGUAAUCUCAGAGGAAAGUGGUGUUUCCAUCAGCGAUCUGACAGAUGAUACCAAUUUCGCCGAGUCUGGCGUUGAUUCACUACUGUCGCUGGUUAUCGUUAGCCGGUUCCGUGAUGAGCUUGAACUUGAUAUUCAGCAAGAAAGUUUGUUUUUAGAAUGUCCCACGGUGGGUGACCUGAAGAAACUACUGCUUGGCGAUUCCGCCGCAGCGAUUGAGGAGCCCUUGCAAGAAACAAAGAAUCAUGCGCAGACACUAGCCGAUGACACUGCGGCAAGGGACAGAAGGUUGCAACUCGAGAUCAAAAACGCAGCUCACGCAGCACGGAGAAAGGCCGUUGAUGAGUAUGUCGAAAAUUAUACUUCUGGAUUCUCAUCCCCUGGCUCGUCGCCAUCGGCUUCAGUGCCCAGUAACAACGAAAAGGUAGUCCUGGUCACAGGCGGUACCGGAAGCCUGGGAGGCCAUCUGGUUUACCACCUAGCCCAGCUCCCAGAUAUCCAGAAAGUCGUUUGUCUCAACCGGAGUAACAAAGAAGAUUCAUUCACACGUCAAAAGAAAGCCAUGCGGGCGAAGGGUAUUCGUUUCCCAGACGCCCUCAAGCCAAAGCUCUUAAUAUAUCAGACAGACACUUCAGAACCCAUGUUCGGUUUGACGAAGGACGAAUACAACGGACUGGUAAAUUCCGUAACCCACCUUAUCCACAACGCAUGGCCCAUGAGCGCAAAGCGUACACUAGAAGGUUUCGAACCCCAGUUCCGCGUCAUGCGAAACCUAAUCCAGCUCGCAUCCGACGCUACAUCAAAACGUCCAGAGAGUUUCAAAUUCAGCUUCCAGAUGGUGUCCUCCAUCGGUGUUGUCGGGCGCUACAAUCUCGAAGCUCAAGAAGCCGCCAUCACUCAGGGUCAUGCAACUGAUCAGAAAAUCGUCGUACCAGAAGACAGAGUCGACAUCGACGCCGUCCUCCCCAACGGCUACGGAGAAGCCAAAUGGGGCUGUGAGCGAAUGCUAGACGCGACAUUACACAAAUACCCAAACCGAUUCCGUGCCAUGGUCGUGCGACUCGGUCAAAUCGCAGGCUCCAAAACGAGCGGGUAUUGGAAUCCGAUGGAGCAUUUCGGGUUCUUGAUCAAGUCGUCGCAGACGCUUAAUGCGUUGCCAGAUGUUCCGGGAAAAGUGUAUUGGACGCCUGUGAAUGAUGUUGCAGAUUCGUUGAUUGAUCUUGUGCUUGCUGAGAAUGUGCCGUAUCCUGUGUAUCACGUCGAUAAUCCCGUGGGGCAGGAGUGGAGUGAAGUGAGUGGCAUUAUUGCGAAUGCGUUGAAUAUUCCACAUCUCGUCCCGUUCCGAGAAUGGUUGAAACGCGUCCGGGUGGCACCUUCGAGGAAUAAUCCGGCUUCGACACUGGUGGACUUUCUGGAGGAUAAUUAUCUGAGAAUGUCGUGUGGAGGGCUGGUGCUAGAUGUUAAGCAGACUCUUGAGCAUUCCAAGACAUUGGCUGCGCUGGGACCGGUGAGCGAGGAGGUAGUGAGGAAGUAUAUUCAUAUUUGGAAGGAGAUCAAGUUCUUGAAUUAA